AUGGCGAGCUCUGAAGAUUGUGCUACGGCGCUGGCGAGUGCUGAACAGCGCUUCCACGACCGGAACCCGAAGAGCUUGGAGUAUCACCAGUCGGCCGUAGAGAGUCUCCCUGGCGGCAACACCCGCUCUCUGCUUCACACGGCCCCGUUCCCGGUGGUCAUGAACCGCGGCGAGGGCAGCAAGCUCUUCGACCUGGACGGCCACGUAUACGAGGACUUUGUGGGCGAGCUGACCGCCGCCAUCUACGGACACUCGCACCCCCGGAUCAAGGAUGCCAUGAUCCACGUGCUGGACAAUGUCGGGCUCAGCCUGGGCGCGACCAACGUCUACGAGAAGCGGUACGCCGAGCUGCUGUGCUCGAGGUUCGACAUACCCACCGUGCGCUUCGCCAACUCGGGCACCGAGGCCAACCUCCACUGCGUCGCGGCGGCUAGGCGCUUCACCGGCCGGCGCAAGGUGGUGGUGUUCAGGGGCGCCUACCACGGCAGCGUCCUCUCCUUUGCAUUCGGGGCGGCUGCGAACAAUGUGGACCCGCAGGACUGGCUGGUGUCGCAGUACAACGACGCCAAAGCCCUCGAGAGAGUCUUUGAAGCACACGCGGAUAUUGCCGCCGUGCUGGUCGAGGCCAUGCAAGGGUCCGGGGGCGGCCUGGCAGGGAGCCAGGAAUUCCUGCGCGCCAUACGGCGCCAAACUCGGGAGGCAAGCUUGACCUACGCAUGCAGAAUGAUGAAAUUGUGUACUAGGGCUGACAAGAUUGUGUAGCACGGAGCUGUGUUCAUCCUGGACGAGGUGAUGACUUCCCGGCUGCACCCAGCGGGUCUGGCCGCGACGCUCGACGAGGCCCCGGACAUGAAGACAUUCGGCAAGUACCUGGGCGGCGGCAUGCCGUUUGGGGCCUUUGGCGGCCGGCGGGACAUCAUGGCCGUCUACGAUCCGCGGCAGAGCAGCUCCCUGGCGCACUCGGGGACGUUCCAGAACAACACGCUCAUGCUCAACGCCGGCUACACGGGCCUCAAGGAGGUCUACACGCACGCAGCGGCCAUCUCCCUCAACCAGACGGGCGACGAGCUGCGGGACAAGCUGCUGGCGGUGUUUGCGGGGACCAGGUUCACGGUGACGGGGGUGGGCUCGCUCAUGUGCAUCCACUGCACCACGACGGGCGUAGGGGCGGACGAGAUUCACUGCAAGGAUGACUACUGGCCGCACGACGAUGCCGACCUCAAGAGGCUGUUCUGGCUGGAGAUGCUGGAGGCGGGCUACUGGAUCCACCAGCGCGGGAGUAUCGCUCUCACGCUGGCCAUGGAACCAGCCGUGAUGGAUGAUUUUGUUGGGCAGGUCAAGGAAUUCUGUAUCCGGCACCAGGGAUUGGUUGCCAAGCAUGA